UCGGCGGGACUGUUGAAGUGUUUGAAGCCACGUAGGAUUUCGUGGGCAAUCAGGCGGAAAAAGGAAGCUUCAUUGCGUGUAGAACAGAUAUUCUACUUCAUAUAAUGGGUGACAUUGACACAAACUGCAUGACCCUCACUCGCUUUGUACUGACAGAGCAGCGAAAGGUUCCCGGGGCGACUGGAGAUCUUACUCAACUGUUAAAUGCUAUCUGCUGUGCUAUCAAAGCAGUUUCCUCAGCUGUGAGGAAGGCAGGAAUUGCUCAGCUAUAUGGCAUUGCAGGAGACACAAAUGUAUCAGGAGACCAACAGCAAAAAUUAGAUGUCAUGGCAAAUGAGCUGUUUAUUAACAUGCUGAAAUCCUCUUAUACAACAUGCCUGCUGGUUUCUGAAGAAGAUGAAAAAGUCAUCGAAGUAGAAACUGAAAGGCAAGGAAAGUACAUGGUUUUCUUUGAUCCAUUAGACGGCUCAUCAAACAUUGAAUGUCUUGCCGCUAUUGGCUCAAUAUUUGGAAUUUCCAAGAAGACUCAUGAUGGUCCACCAACGAUAGCUGAUGCACUCCAGCCAGGCCGGAAUUUUGUAGCGGCUGGGUAUGCUCUUUUCGGUAGUGCGACAAUGGUGGUGAUCACAACUGGAAAUGGAGUUAAUGGAUUCACUCUUGAUCCGUCCAUAGGUGAAUUUGUUUUAACCAAUCCAGAUAUUAGAAUGAAGCCACGUGGAAAGCCAAUAUAUAGCAUAAAUGAAGGGAACGCAUGCUUGUUUGAUGAUGCAGUCACUAAAUAUCUAGAAUCUAUCAAAUUUCCAAAGGAUGGGAAGACUCCAUAUGCAGCUCGUUAUGUUGGUUCUAUGGUGUCAGACAUGCACAGGACGCUAGUGUAUGGAGGAAUUUUUAUGUACCCUGGAAACAAGAAAAGCCCUAGAGGAAAGGUUUGUUGUACAAAGUUAUCUGACUAAUAUAUAUCCUGAGAAGAAAUGGACUAGAAAUUAAAUUUACUUCAAAUUUGAGACUUUCGUGUGUUUGAAAGAAAAAGGCUACCUCACAAUGUGUUAGACAAACACGCUUAACUU